ACCGACAACCCUCAUUGCCCAGACCGAUCCAGAACUUGAUUAUAACGAGCUUAUAACUCUAUUGGUAUGAGGAAAAUGAACCUCGUUCAAGCCGCUUUCUUUAGUCCUGUUUCUUAUCAGCAAUGACUUCCACUAACCCCAAUACCUCGCAUGACGACUCCUUCGAGCUAUACGAUUUGAGAGUGGAGGUCGUUUGUCCGCCAGGCAAGAAGAUCAUGUGUGGAGCGAAGGAAGGAGACUACUUCACAUUGAAAGGCGAAAUGCUUUACCUUCCACAGGACCAAGGGAUUAGCAUCUAUAGCCUUGCAUCUGUCCUUCCACUUCUCCCAGCCAAGCAGAGAGUGACAGCUCCCAAUGACUGGAUGACUACGGAUGCGCUGAUAGCUUGCCCUGAUCCUAACUGUCCCUCGCAACUGAAGAUAGUAAAGGAAGGAAUUCGGAAGUUUAGCCAUUCAGAGACUACUGUAGUUCCAUUAAGUGGGAACUCAGGGUCAUAGAAUAUGGUUGAAGAGAGUAGCAGUUACAUGUAUAUUAUUCAGC